CCCUCCACCAUGACUCCCCAUCUCAGCUCCUUCAGACUAGCCAGCAGCAAUUAGCAAACACCUGGUGUACCUGUGCGUCUGCUGCGCUCACUAUACCAGCUUCUCAUUGUAACGCUGGAAAAAUGUUGUCAAAGAGUUAAUAGAGGAGCCAUGUUGUGAUGACUUUCUGAAGGCGGAGUUUCACCCUUCCACGCGCCUCCCUUCUCACACACACACAGCAGUUGUCAUGGCGAUGGAAUCGGCCCCGGCGUCGGCUCCGGGGGCUGUUGCCAUGGAGAUGCCCGCGCGAGGUGCGCUCCCGGUGGUGGAGGAGGACGAGGACUCGGGCGCUCCGGGGUCCGAGGAGAGGCUACAGCACCGCGGUAGAGGACGCAGGCAGCGACGCGGGCUGCCGUUCAACCGGAGCGGCUACUACAUGCUGAUAGUGAUCGGGCAGAUCGGCACGGAGCAGCAGCUGGACACCGCCAGAGCGCAGAUAGAGCGGGCUCGCAUUCACUGCUGCGCUGUUAGGGAUUAAAAGUCGAAAGGAAAGGUUUGGAGCUGGGAAACAUCAGCGGGAGAGAAAUGGUUUGACGCAUUGAACAGGAUGGCAGUUGCUGCAGCAUUGCACCAUGGGACUAAAACAAUCAUUUUCACCAAAUGUGAUGCUAUCAUUCAAGCGACGAGCUACAAAAUACGUUUGUUAUUUCCUCAUAGGAUUGACUGUGAUAAAGUCAGUCCUGCUAGUGAUAAAGCGUGACUUCACCGCAUUAUUAUUAUUUGACAGGACAGUAAAGAUAUUACCCAAUUGUGUGCUUCUUCCUCUAACCAAUGUACACAGACAAGAAAAACACCACUCCUUCUAAGACUGUGUAGUGUUCAGCAUUUCCAAAAGCUUGUAGAAAGUGCACAAAAGAGGGGGAACAUUUUUUUUAAUUUAGGUUGAGUACAUCACAAUGGGCCACACAAAUGAUCUGGGUUUUGUCAAUUUCAGCUCUUUUUUGAGUCUAUUAAGAGCUGCUACCGAUAAUAACUCACUGGGUACGAGUUAUUUAAGCUAUAUAUAGUCUGUAACUUUUUUUUCUUUACAUAUUUGUUGAAACUGUCACCAUGUUGUUGCAAUAUGGGAUGAGACAGUCUUUGAAAAAAUAAAAAUUGAGCUCCUAAUUCUUCUCCCAGUGCUAGAAACAACCAAUCACAGUCAGGAGGCGGGUCUUAGCGCUGUCAAUCAUCCUCAGUGUGUCGCUGAGGGUGAAUGCUGAGGCUAGUUAGCAUGACCAGGGUUUUCCUGUAACAGUAUAUUGUUUCUCUGGCAUUAUUGAGCAGCGAGUACAUGAGUUGAUCGACAGAGCUAAGACCUUCCUCCUCCUGGCUCUGAUUGGUUGUUUCUGGUCGGGAGCGGUACAUAUCGAUUGACCUGGGGAUAAACGUCAACGACAUCUUGACAACCAUUUUCAAUCCAUUUAGAGACCGUAGCCGUUGGUGAGCUGCAGAUCGAUAAGUCCACCGUCAAACCUUGAGGUCCAAAACCUUUUUAUCAGUUGUGGCAGGUGAGCCCCACCUUUACAGUACCACCCGCAACAAACAAAUAUGUCGGUCAUGAUCUGCUCACUUUCCAGCCCAAGUUCACAAAUUCCUUUUCAAAUGUGAAAAUAAACAUCUUAUUUACUAAAAUACAAUAACAUGGCAUUUGUUUAGUGAAUUUAGUGAAGCUAAAACUGCCACUCGAGGAGUUUUGGAGAAAACAUUUUCAUAAACAACAGUGUUUUUAUAUGAAACACAAAAUGUCUAAAUAUUUUGUGCAGUUUUGGCUUAAUUGCUGCUGUGAAUAUGUCAAUUUUCCCAGUAAAAAGUGCUUUUUCUCUAUA